GGCAUGAAGUUUGUCCUCCAGUACCUGGGGUGCUUUUUUGCUUUUUUCUCUGCUGGGUUUUUGAUAAUAUCUACCUGGACAGACUGCUGGAUGGUGAAUGCUGAUGACUCCCUGGAGGUGAGUACAAAAUGCCGUGGCCUGUGGUGGGAAUGUGUCACAAACGUUUUUGAUGGGAUCCAGACUUGUGAUGAGUAUGACUCCAUCUACGCUGAGCAUUCUGUGAAGCUGGUGCUGACCCGAGCCAUGAUGAUAACAGCAGACAUCCUGUCAGGAUUGGGAUUUCUCUUCCUGGUCCUGGGACUGGACUGUGUGAAGUUCCUUCCCGACGAGCCACUCAUCAAGCUGCGCAUCUGCCUGGUGUCUGGGGUUUUGUUGCUCCUUGCAGGUCUCCCUGGCAUCACGGGCUCCGUGUGGUACGCUGUGGAUGUCUACGUGGAGCGCUCCUCUCUGCUCUUCCACAACGUCUUCCUGGGCAUCCAGUACAAGUUUGGGUGGUCCUGCUGGCUUGGCAUGGCAGGCUCACUUGGCUGCUUCUUGUCUGGGUCCCUGCUCACCUGCUGCAUGUAUCUCUUCAGAGAGACCAGUUCUGGAAGAUUCCAUUCUGCCUACUCCUUGAGGAAAGGCUAUUCCUCAGCUGUGACCGUCGUAACAAACCCUCAUUUGCUGCCCUCACAAACAGCCACCUCCAAAAUGUAUGCAGUGGACACAAGGGUGUGA